ACGGUGAAGAGUAAACUCUACGUUCGACCACUUAGGAUGGGUCAGUCCUUGCAGGAUAGCACGGAGCCCCUUGGUGAGCAAGUGAGCAAGCCGGGAGCUCAGACCGCGAGUAGGAAAACUGCUGAAGAAGAGGAUGAGGAGGGGAAUGGGUCCCCACCGACGGUCGUUGUGCCCUCCAAUUCGGAUCCCACCUACUGGGAGCCCUAUAAGACCAUGAUCCAGGUUGGACAGAACAAACUUGAGAAGUUCACGCUUGUCUAA